AUGAAUCCUUCUCAAGUCCACUCGCUGAAUCACCUUUUUGGAAUGCAGUUGCCACCAUUAAGCAAGAAUAUUUGGGUUGCGGCGGGCAUCCUCUGCGCAGCGGCAAUCUACCGCCUGCUAAAGAUCGGCAGUCGUGAUCCACGAAUGCCCAAAGGUCCCCCAACCGUUCCUAUCCUGGGCAAUUUUCAUCAGAUACCGUCUUCUGGCCUAUAUUCGAAGUUCCGAGAUUGGGCAAAGGAGUAUGGAUCAGUCUUCUCGCUCAAAUUUGGUCCCUCUAACAUCAUUGUUCUCUGCGAUCGAAAAGCUAUCCAUGCACUCUUGGACAAGAAGGGCGCCAUCUACUCAGAUCGACCAGCCAGUUACGUAGGAAAGCUGUUGACGCAAGGUGACCACAUCGCCCUAGAACAAAUGGAUCCCAUCUGGCGAGAGAAACGCAAAGUCAUCUCGCACAACUUCUCGCCCAAGAACCUGGAUGAAAAGCAUUUUCGAGUCCAAGAAGCCGAGGCGGGUGUACUCCUCAAUGAUCUUCUAGAGAAUCCCGAAGGCUUCUUCAACCAUGUCCGAAGAUAUACUGCAUCAUCAGCUUCUGUCCUUGCUUUCGGCCACCGAGGACGUACUUUUGACUCUUUCUGGGGCCAUGUCGUCUACGAUGUCAUGGAUAGGUGGACCGAAGCCAUGGAACCUGGAGCCAACCCUCCCGUUGACGAGUACCCGAUCCUCAAAUUAAUUCCGAUGCGAUUCGCCUACUGGAAGCGACGCGCAGUUUCCGCAGGCAAAGUAUUUGAUUCCAUGUGGGGCAAAGCCCGCAGUAUUGUCGAUGACCGCCGCUCUAGGGGAGACAAGCGCGAUUGUAUUAUGGAUCGUCUGCUGGACGAGUACAACAGAAAAGGGUGGCCCAUGUCCCAGCAUGCAUUUAACAACCUUGUGGGAGAGGUAGUUGAAGGCGCCGCGGAUACUACUGCCGCUCAAAUUUUGACACUUAUCUUGGCUUUUGCAAAGCAUCCUCACGUUCAACGAAAGGCUUGGGAGCAGAUCGAUAAGGUCUGCCUACCCACGAGGAUUCCGACAUUUGCUGACUUCAAUAACAUUCCCUACAUCAACCAGAUUGUGAAGGAAGGGAUGAGAUGGAGGCCAGUCGCCGUCACUGGGCUCCCGCAUCGGGUUCGUGAAGACGACUGGUAUGAAGGGAUGCUUAUUCCCAAGGAUUCUACGCUCUUCGUACCCGUGUGGGCUCUACAUCACUCCGAAGAAUUGUUCAAAGAUAACGAUACUUUCGACCCGGAGCGAUACGCAAACCAUCCCAAGCUGGCAAAUGACUAUGCAGGGAGCCCAGAAUGGAGCAACCGAGAUAAGUAUCCCAACGCCGUAUCAGGCUGA